UCGCACUCCAUAUUCAUGGAGACGGCUGCUUCAUUUCACGCUUUGGUCCGGUAUCAGUGAGGAAGACGAAGACGACCCCUGAACCACGAAAAUCAAAGUGCUAUGCUAGAAGGCAGAAAAAGGGAAGAAAUCUAGGUACCAUUUCUUUGUUUGGUCUCGGCUGUCUGAUUUCAAUUCAACAAAGUUCUGUCAUUUUUAGGGUUUAGAAUUUUUUGUUUUUGGGUCUGUUUUGAUGUCGGGGAACGGCGAACAAAUCGACCUCAACUCUGACGUUGAUCUCGGAGACCGAGAAAUUGAAGCCGAUGGGAUUAGUCUUUCACAUCCCGUUACCGACUCACUAAUCGAGCAAAGAAAUGUUGAGAGUUGUUCGAGGGAGCUUGGAAAGGACGAGGCCAUUGAUGUUCAAGAGAAAAACAGCUCUGGAGAAGGGCUGUGUAGGUCGGACGAGGAUGAAGCUGAUGUAAAUGUGGGCUAUGAAGCAGCAGAUGGUGAAUUUUUGGAGGGAAGAUCUCCAGAUAAUGCUAAGGGAGUGGAAGUGGACGCUGGUGCGAGAUCGGGUGAAGAGUCGUCUAUAGCAAUAAAUGCUUUGUCAGAGGCGGAAAUGGAAUGUAGCGAGAGGAGACAUAUUUCAGAAAAAGUUGAAGAUUUGUGCGGAGAUGAGAUCAUUGCUGACGAAAAAGAGGUGGUGAAUGCUGCUGGGACGUUAAAAACUUCACCAAGCGACGCUUUAUUUUGUUGUGAAGCUAAAGGAGAGGCCGAUUCUACAAGUGAGCAUCAUUCAAUAAUUUCCGUUGGUACUGAGCUUAAUGUAGAGAGCCAGGAAGAGGGUGUUUUCAGGAUCCAAGAUGAGGAGGAGAAAGUUGCACAAAAUGAAGAACUGGCUUUUGGUUCUGUUGAUGUGAAAUGCGAUCAGAUCGUGAAGGAGGACUGCGAAUCUCACAGGUUACUUGACCAUGGGGGUUGUGUUGAUGUACUUAUAAACAUAAAUCCUGAGGAUCCAUUUCUCCAUAUGGAUAUUGAUGAUUCAGGUUCUCGUCAUGAGAAUUUGGGAUCCGAUGAUAGAAUACAAUUUACAGACAAUCUCUCUCAAAAAGUCGAAAUUUUGACGGAGAGCAAAGAAUUAUCACCUGAAUUUGCUACAGAUAUUAGAACUACGCCAUUACCAGACUGCUCAGAAAAUCAGAGUGGAAAAGUUGGUGGUGGACAGACCAUUGAAGAUCCAGCCACUAGUUGUCAUAUUCUGAAGAAAGAGGCUUUAACAGAUAUAGAUGAGGCAAAUUUGUUUGAUGUUUUUGUUGAAGUUGACCCACAUGUUCUUAUGGAUGAAGAAGAUGUAUCUGAUGACGUGAGUGCUGAUUCAGCUGACUCAGUUGUGGAUUUUAAUGUGUAUGAUCUAGUAUGGAGCAAAGUACCCAGCCAUCCCUGGUGGCCCGGCCAGAUAUGUGAUCCAUCAGCUUCAUCAAAAAAAGCCAUGAAAUAUUUCAAAUCAGGCAGAUAUCUUAUAGCAUUUUUUGGGGAUCACACAUUUGCAUGGAAAGAAGCGUUAAUGAUAAAACCAUUUUGGGAAUAUUUUCUGGAGUUACAGAAGCAGAGCAAUUUGGAAAGCUUUCAUCAGGCAAUUGAUUGUGCUCUGGAAGAGUUCUCCAGACGAGUUGAGUUCAGCCUUGCCUGCUCGUGUCUAUCAGAAGAAUUAUAUUCCGAACUCCGAACUCAAACACUUACUAAUGCAGGAAUCCGCAAGAAGUUCAGUAAAAGAGUUGGCGGGGACAGCUCUCUUACUGCGUCAUCUUUUGAUCCAAUGAAGCUUGUUAACAUUGUUAAAGAAGCAGCCUUAUCACCUCAUGGUGUGAUCGACAAGUUAGAACUGGUUUGUGCACAGGCCCAGUUGUUGGCAUUCAAUAGGUGGAAGGGCUAUUAUGAACUGCCCAAGUUUGAUAAAUCCAAUGUAGAUUUCAACGAUACAGAGCACGUUUUGGUUGGUGAAAAUGAUUAUCGAAGUGAAUUGAUGGAAGAUAUAGCUAUGGACACAAAGCAUGAUGAAGCUGCUGAUGAUGGGAAAGGAAAUUUGAAAACUCAAGACAGCUCCAGUGGCAAGUGGAAGCACUAUGGAGCUGCUGAAGAUGGGAAAGGAAGUUUGUCGGGUUCGACGUCUAAGAAGCCCCACGGGAUUUUAAACAAAAAACGUAGAUCUGAAGAUAAUACUGGCAAUGAAUUGAAUUUUCAUGGUUCUUCCCACGACCCUGCCAUUAACAAUCCAAUGGAGUCUGCUUAUGAGUCUGGGAAGACUAAACAAACUUUCAGAAUUGGAGAUCGCAUUCAAAAGGUUGCUUACAAACUGAACGAGUCUAGUCCGAUAUUGAAGCAUGAUGAUGAAAGAUCUCAAGAAACUGUAGCCAAGACGAAACGGAAUAGAAAGCCGCCGCCCAAUAAGGAGACUUCGGAACUAGAUUCCUGUGGUAAGGCCGGUAAUAAAUUGACGAAGACUAGGAAAAGAAGAAAGGUUUCGGCCGCCCCAACGGAAGCAUCUGACUCUGAAUUCAUUAAAGACUCUUAUUGGACUGAUAGGUUAAUUCAGGGCAUUGCUGAAGAUGAAGCAUCUUUUGAUAAUCAAAAUGAGACUGUAGAAUGCCAAAUUCAGAUUCCAAGUGAAAGUGUAGUUCUUGUUGCUGUAGAGCAUGAUGCUGGGCUAUUAUGCCCUGGUGUGAAUUCUACUAAUCAAGAGCCUCCUGAACAUGUUGAACUGGAAUCAGAGAAUUGUUUGGAGGAUCCCUAUCCCACAGCUCUGAUUUUAACCUUUACAGACUUCGAAUCCGUGCCUUCAGAAACAAAUUUGAACAAUAUAUGUAGAAAAUAUGGGCCUCUGUACGAGUCAAAAACCGAAGUAUUGAAGAAAAGUAAACGCGCCAAGGUAGUUUUCAAACGUACUUCCGAUGCCGAAACAGCUUUCAGCUGCACUGGGAAGUACAGCAUUUUCGGACCCUCACUCGUUAGUUAUCACCUCAAGUACUUGCCUCCGCCCAAGGUUUCUUCGCAUUCGACAAAGAGGCGGCGCAGAAAAGAAGUGUAAUCUUGAGAAGAAAACACUAAUUGAUGCCGAAAGAUUCAGGUUUAGAAGUGCAGCUGCCCCCAACUCAAGGAAAAAUGGUCUGUGCCACUUUAAUUUGAGUGAUAUGUGUUUUCUCUUAAUAUUGUGAUAGUUUGUUUAACUGGGUAGAAUUAACUUGCAAAUAAGUAGGACAUGGCUUAUACUUAUUUUUGUAGUGUUAGUGGAGAUAGUUGGAAUUAGAUUUUGUACAUGGUAGUUUUUUCUGUUAGAAAGAGCAUAUUGGAGUGGGUGAAAUUAUGCCCGAAAUUACUGCCUUUGCGGAUUUUAUCGGGCGUUAAAUGUUGAACUACUGUACCGAAUCUUGGAUUGUUGGGCGUUAAAUGUAUUUUCUUGACCAAACAA